CAAGUGUCAUGUCUGUGGCGCAGCUUUCUGCUCUAAAUGCGAUCUUGACCGACAUAUCAACGCAGUUCAUCUUAAAUUGAGGCCCUACAAGUGCUCUAAGUGCGAUUAUGCCUCCAGUCAGGUUUCCCAUUUACAAACCCAUUUAAACACCGUGCAUGCAAAGUUGAAGCAAUUUAAGUGCCCAGUUUGUUGCAUGAAUUUUUCCUCUCCUGCGUUGCUACAGCGUCACGUCUCUAAUGCCCAUUCUGCUGCUACCAAGUUUCAAUUGAAUAAUCAUUUCGCUGGCGCCCAAUUAAUAGUGAAACCUUACAAGUGUUCUGACUGUAGCUAUGCUGCUACUGCCAAGAACAAUCACAUAAAAGCUGUACGUCUGAAAUUAAAACCACAUAAAUGCGCUCUUUGUGCUUAUGCUGCCACAAAUAAAACACAUCUUCGUGAUCACAUUGCAGGUGUCCAUCAGAAACUCAGGCGCUACAAAUGUCAUGAAUGUGCCUACGCUGCCGCCGUGAAGAGUAACCUUGCGCUCCAUAUGAAAGCCGUUCACUUGAAACUAAAGCCAUUCAAGUGCGAUGAGUGUGACGGCUACUUUUCUCUGAAAAAUAAUCUAAAAGCUCACAUUUCCAGGGUGCACCUCAAACACAGACCGCACGCGUGCCCGCACUGUUCCUAUUCCGUUGACUCGAAAGCAGAACUAUCAAGGCAUGUCGCUAGUGUUCACUUGAAGCUGAGGCCUCACGCGUGUCCUCAAUGUGACUUCACUAGCAGCACUACAGGAAAACUUAAGUCUCAUGUUAAUGCUGUUCAUUUAAAAUUACGACCGCACAAGUGCCAGACGUGCAAGCGCGGGUUCUACCAGAAAGCUCAACUAGAACGGCACAUAAAAUCGGUGCACAUGAAUUUGAGGGAACACAAAUGUUUGCAGUGUGAUUACGCUACAAAUUCUCGCGGGGCAUUCAAGAGACAUGUUGAUGUGGUGCAUCUGAAAAUUAAGAAAUACAAGUGCGAUGAGUGCGACAGCUACUUUUCUAUCAAAUGUAAUCUAACAGCUCACAUUUCCAAGGUGCACCACAAAGAUGGUUUGUGAGUAAAGCGCCGCUGACAAGUCUGGGUUUUAAGGCAUGUUGCGCGCGAACAUUGAGAAUCAAUUGGCUUCACAUGUAUAUAAUUUUAGUAUAAUUUUUGCUGGAAAAUAUAUCUUUCAUACUCCGUUUAUAAAAUCUGCUAUUUGUGGGAAUCAACUAUAUAUUGAUAAUCUGCUGACUUGCUGGUAUUCUGACUAUAUUGACUUGCUGGUAUUCUGCAUGGAGCAGCUGACAGGGGAGGGGAGGUGGCUAUAGGUUGUUGUGGAUCUUGUAAAGCAUGGUAAGCCUAGCACGCCUUCUUCUGUCUCGCAACGUUGGCCAUGCCAGGUCACGGAGCUCGUUGUACACACUGGAAGCCCGGAGCAAAUAAUACGAGACUCACCGCGCUGCUCUACGCUGUACUUUUUCAAU